UAACCAAAACACCAGCAACAAUAGCCACAACAGCAGCAACACCACCAACACCAAAAGCAAGUCCAUCUCCGCACGCAAGCGGCAAGCAGCAAGCCCACCCACGCUCAUCCAUGGCCGUGCGCGGUGCGUGCGAUACGACAAUAUGCGAUACGAUAGUCUUUCAUUCUGAGCGCGUAAAGAAAAGAAAAGGAAAAGGAAAUGAAAAAGGAAAAAACCCCAGUUAUCCCACUACAACCGUGUCUUGUGCUUGUGCUUGUGCUUGUACUUCUGCUUGUGCUUGUACUUCUGCUUGUGCUUGUGCUUGUAGAUGUAGAUGUACGUUUACUUGUGCGUAUGCUUGUGCUUGUGCCUGUGCUUGUGCUUGUGCCUGUGUUGGUGUUGUUCGUACCAGCCCGUUUGCAAACGGCGCGCUGUGCUGUUUUGCUAUGUUGAGCGCGUGCGUAGAUGUAGAGGUGUGGAGGUGUGGAGGUGUGUAGGUGUGUGUAUGAUGCGCCGAAAGACAGGUUGUUG